AUAAGGGCAGGCAUCAGCGAUGAAGAGAGAAAUGUUACAUGAACCAAAGAUUUAGUUUAUAGUCUACAGGUCCAUAGCUGUCCUUUGUUGUUUUGAAUAAAACAACUAGAUUUGAAGACGAAGACAGGUCAGUGAGGAGAGGCAGACGACCCGCUUUUUGGUGAUUCCAGGGCACAAGCCCUCCUCCUUUGUCCUACUAGCCCCACUGUGCCUCUCUCCCUACCCCGUGAAGAUGGCACCCUCUCUGGCCACAGCCUUCUCCAGGCGAUGGUGGAUGGCUGUGACUGCUGUGGUGGAGAACCUGCUGUUCUCUGCUGUGUUGCUGGGCUGGGGCUCCCUGCUCAUCAUGCUCAAGUCUGAAGGCUUCUACUCAUACCUCUGCCUAGAUCCAGGUAACGGCAGCAGUCACAACCAAUCGGACCCAGUCAUGGAGGAGGAGCACCUAAAGAUGAAUGGCUGGCCCAUCUGCAAGGACCAGGAUGAGAUGCUCAACUUGGCCUUCACUGUAGGCUCUUUCCUCCUCAGUGCCAUCACCUUGCCCCUGGGCAUAGUCAUGGACAAGUAUGGCCCCCGCAAGCUCCGGCUACUCGGCAGUACUUGCUUUGCCUUCUCUUGCAUCCUGAUCGCCUAUGGAUCAAGUGACCCCAAGAAUCUGUCCAUCCUCAUCUUCUUCGCUUUGGCACUGAACGGGUUCGGAGGAAUGUGUAUGACCUUCACCUCCCUCACGCUUCCCAAUAUGUUUGGUGACCUUCGUUCCACCUUCAUUGCUCUCAUGAUUGGAUCCUACGCAUCUUCUGCUGUCACCUUCCCUGGGAUCAAGGUGAUCUAUGACCUGGGAGUCACCUUCAUCACCAUCCUUCUGGUGUGGGCUGCCUGCGCUGGCCUCGUAUUCAUCAACUGCUUCUUCAACUGGCCCCUGGAGCCCUUUCCUGGACCAGAGGACAUGGACUACACUGUGAAGGUCAAGUUCAGCUGGCUGGGCUUCGACCACAAGAUCACAGGGAACCAGUUCUACCGCCAGGUGACCACGGUUGGGAGACGGCUCAGUGUGGGCAACAGCAUGAAGAACAACCCCAAGGAGCUGGCCCAGCAGGAGGGCAACAAGCUGUGCCUCUCCACCGUGGACCUGGAGGUCCAGUGCAAGUCGCCAGACGAGUCCCAGUCCUUCAUGAAGAGUAUUUUAAGCCCCAUCUUCAUGCUCAGUCUCAUCACCAUGUGUGUCACGCAGCUGAGGCUCAUCUUCUACAUGGGAGCCAUGAACAAUAUCCUGGAGUCGUUGACCGAUGGAGACCUCAACACAGUGGAAAAGAUGGAAGUAGUGAGUGUGUACACCUCCAUUUUCGGAGUGCUGCAGCUUCUCUGCCUGCUGACGGCUCCCGUGAUUGGCUACAUCAUGGACUGGAGGCUGAAGGAGUGUGAAGAGGACAAUGAGAAGCCGGGGACAAGGGACCCCAGUAAGCCAAAGCGUCGUGACCGUCAGAUCCAGAAGAUCACCAACGCUACACGGGCCUUCAUCUUCACCAACCUACUGUUGCUGGGCUUUGGUGUCACCUGCCUGGUUCCCAGCCUCCCUGUCCAGAUCCUGUCGUUUAUUUUGCACACCAUUGUGAGAGGGUUCAUACACUCGGCGGUCGGAGGGCUGUACGCUGCUGUGUAUCCUUCGUCCCAGUUCGGCAGCCUGACCGGGAUGCAGUCGUUGAUCAGUGCCCUGUUCGCCCUGCUUCAGCAGCCCCUCUUCAUGGCCAUGAUGGGUCCCCUGAAUGGAGACCCCCUCUGGGUGAACGUGGGUCUGCUGGGGCUCACAGCCCUGGGCUUCUGCCUGCCCUUCUACCUCCUCUGCUACAGCCGUCAGCUCCGACGCAAGAAACAGGAACGUGAGGAGGACCCCAAGAUAUACUUGCAGAUUGAGAGCAAGCCUGAGGCCUUCGUUUAGUCAGUAGGACUGACAGGUGUCAAUCAGCGGAAGAGGGAGGAAGGGAGAGUGAGGAGGGGAGAGGUCACAGGUGUGACUGCUGAACUGUAUGACAAACCCUCUACCCUUCGACGCCACAACCCAUCAGAACGUCUGCACUUGCACUCAGACGACUCUCUCACACACACACACACACACACACCACCUCACCUACUGCCGAGCACCUUCAGAAACACACUGGCAACCCUACAAUCACAAAUCUCAGAGUACUCUCGGUAUGACAAACAAACACACACAUUUUCCAGCACAUCAUGAUUUAUGCACACUGUGAAAGACACGCAACUACACCUCUUGCAACACCUGUUCAACACAUACAGAAAUGGUUUGUCCAGGCGGAACGCACCAAAACUGACAUCUGGCCCUUUUCUCACUACGGGAAAGGAGGACAACCACUGCUCUGCGUCUGCCAACUGAGGAGAAAGUAGGGAGGAGCCAGAAGGAGGACCUCCAAAACGUUCUCCUCCCUUCCAGUCUCCUCUUGGUUCAAUUUCUCAUUUUGUUUAUAUUUGUAUUAUAAUUCAUGAUGCCAUUCUCACUCUUGCCUACCUGUCAGUGACACUGGUUCCCCUGCAAAAACGAACCAGUGUGCCGUGACAGUGACCUCCAGUGUUGUAUGAGGUGACAAGGACCCAAGGUCAUGACCCCCUCACAACAGGGAUACAGUGUUUUUAAUUAUGGCACGUUUGACCAACCAAAAUCAUUCUGAUCCUGGUGUCAGUCUCGUAGGGUGCUUAACACACUGAGAAUGAUUUGUCUGGAUCAGAACGUUAUUGCAGCGUCAUUGGAACGUCACUGAAACGUCGUCGGUCAGUACAUUGGUGUCUGGUUGUUUCAUGUCAGUUUUGCUUUAUUGUCACAGCUGGCUUUGACUCGGGUUGGACCUAAACACAUUGCACUAUGAAGAAUGGAACCUCAGUCAGUGUUUAUACCGGCAGUCAACAUUCUAACGCUGUGACAGUCUUCAAAGAAAACAUGAGGCAUUGAGGAUUAAGCCCACGGAGCAUUGGCCUCUUUCUACUGUUUAAACGGCUACAGUGAGAAUGAAAAGCAAAGGUGUGCUUGUUUGGAGUCUUAGAUGUUUGUGUAGCGCUCAACAGUGCAGAUAAAAGUCACUGGCGAAGGCUUUGCUCUGAACCUGUCAGAGCUGACAGCGAGUGGUUAGGUGAAUGGGUUUCCAGUGGGAACAGUAUUGACCAGUGUGAUUGGCUGGGUUCCAAAUCCUUGCCUGGUGGCUGUGUUUUAAACAAAGCAUGGGACAGGUUCGAAUGAAUCUUUUACCAGCAAUAAUCUGCCACAUCUGCACAGUAUUGAGCUCAGCCAGGCUAGGUUCUCCAGAACCAACAGAGAGUCCCCAGGUCAAACUCAAUGGACGAACUAGUAGUCCUACUGACUCGUCCACCUUUUGAUGAACUAGCAGUCCGACCGUCUUGUACCGGUCUUGGGAGUCAUUUUCGUUAAUGAGUGUAAAAUUAUUCUCCUGUCUACUGUUUUUAUUUUUUCAUUUGUCAGGAUCAUGUUAUUUUGUGUCAGAAGAUCUGAGUUUCCAAAAAGUACAUUAAUUCCCUAUUGCAAUAAGUACUUUCUGAGUUGCUGAGCUAUCGUACACUCUUCCUAGCAACACAAUUGUGUCAACAAACACUGUUGCCAGACUGAACAAACACACACACACACACAUACACGUGAAUACAUGUGCAAGCACACACACAGAAACACAGAGCAAGAAUGUGGAUUAAUAUACUGUAAUGAAUAUUACAAAGGUGCUUCUCAAUAAAUGGAACAUAGAUCAAUGUUUUUUUUUAUGAUGUACUGGUCAAAUAGUGACCAUCUAGAUUUUCUGUCCAUCUAUCAAAGGUAUCGCCUACAAAGAUUCACUUUGUAAUGACAAAAAUUACUUGAAUUAUUGAAUUCUAACUUGAACUUGGAUUCAUUUUUUGAAUCAAAAGGGAGACGGAGAGAUGCUUGAAUAUAUUAUCUGUUUCUAAAACCACAUUCUUGCGGCUGUUGUGAAUGUUGUGAUGGCAAGCACCCAGUUUGGGAGUAGGCAGGUCAUGCUUUGUGCUUUUGAAGGAUCUGUUUCAACAUCCACUAGAGAGUGACACAACUAACCCUGACCAGACGGAACCCUAACCCUGACUGGGUGGAACCCUAACUGGACGAAACCCUAACCCUGACUGGGUGGAACCCUAACUGGACGGAACCCUUACCCUGACUGAAUGGGAUGUCCACUCUUGCUCAGUCACUCACAGAAGCACUACCAGAGAUGUAGCUAGUGACAGCAUUUCAAAAAUCUGUUUGGAUUGGAUUAUAUGCAUAGAAAUAGAAUGAAAUAAACAGAUCAAUCAUUGACUUGCACUGGGGCUUGCGUUCUAUUCGUUCCAUUUCCAUGCAUUCAAUCUAAUCUUUAACGGCCAUUCAAAAAACUGGGCUUGGGGGAUGUAAAACAGAGACGUGAUAUAAAGUAAGAUAUAUUCAGAUGAAUCCAUCCAAUAGAAUCCCCCUUGACUCUCUCACCCAACCCUGACCCUCCAAGACGUCUGUCACAUGCUGGCGAUGGAAUCUGAGAGACAUUGCUAGAAUCCCCAAAAGUUCCAAGUAUGAACUGAAUGGCACAUAUGCACCUUACUCCUUGAAUGAGGAUCUCAAUGCUAUUUCUUCUGAAUGGCCUGCACUAAUCUAGAAAUAUGACAUAGACAGUAUACUGCUUGCCGGUUCUGCAUGUUAGCAUAGAAUGUAUUCCCAGUAGUUUUUUUUUAAAGAAAGAUAGUACAUUUGAACUGCAAGAUACUAUUAUUUUUGUAUUUAGUAUACGACUUACGUCUCUCAGUUUGUAUGCAUCGUCCAGUAUGUUCAGUAAAGUAUGACUCAUUGCUGCAGACGUUUUGACCACCCCACCCCUGUCCCAACACAGACACACACACACACACACACACAC